GAGAUUCACAGAGUGGUUUCUUCCACCUCAUUGUUAUAGAAACAAUGUUGUCCUCACUUCUAAUUCUCUGCAUUACUCUUCCUUUGUUUUUCUCAUUCUUCCUCAAAUACCUCAAAACCAUGAAAAACCCACCACUCCCACCAGGUCCUAGAGGCCUUCCCAUAAUAGGGAACCUUCAUCAGCUCAAUAACUCUACUCUUUAUCUUCAGCUAUGGCAACUCUCAAGAAAAUAUGGACCAAUAUUUUCCCUUAAAUUAGGUUUAAGGUCAGCCAUUGUUGUUUCCUCUCCUAAACUUGCCAAAGAGGUAAUGAAAGAUCAUGACCUUGAGUUUUGUGGGAGACCUAGAUUACUUGGCCAACAGAAAUUGUCUUAUAAUGGGAUUGACAUUGCAUUUUGCCCAUACAAUAGUUAUUGGAGAGAAAUAAGGAAAAUUUGUGUUGUUCAUCUCCUUAGCUCCAUUCGUGUCUCAAACUUUUCCUCAAUAAGACACUUUGAGGUCAAGCAAAUGAUAAGAAAAAUAUCCAUGCAUGCCUCCUCCUCCAAGGUUACGAAUUUGAGUGAUGCACUCAUUUACCUCACCAGCACUAUUAUAUGCAGAAUUGCCUUUGGGAAAAGGUAUGAAGAUGAAGGAACAGAAAAGAGUAGAUUCCAUGAGCUACUGAAUGAGUGUCAAGCCAUGUUGGGCAUGUUUUUUUUCUCAGAUUAUAUUCCUUUCUUGGGUUGGAUUGAUAGGAUCACAGGGCUACGUGCUCGUCUUGAACAGAAUUUCAAAGAGUUGGAUACGUUCUACCAAGAAGUCAUUGAUGAACACAUGGAUCCUAAUAGAAAGACACCAGAAAACGAGGAUUUGAUUGAUGUCUUACUUCAACUCAAAAAACAACGUUCGUUUUCCGUAGAUCUCGAAAAUGAUCACAUCAAAGCUGUUUUCAUGAACAUGCUUGUAGCAGCAACUGAUACAACUGCUGCUACAACGAUCUGGGCUAUGACCUUACUACUAAAAAAUCCAAGAGUAAUGAAGAAAGUUCAAGAAGAAAUUAGGAAUUUGGCGGGUGAAAAAGAUUUUCUGUACGAAGAUGAUAUUCAAAAGCUCCCUUAUUUCAAGGCCGUGAUAAAAGAGACACUGAGACUGCAUCUACCAGCUCCCCUACUUGUGCAUAGGGAAACAAAUGAAGCAUGUAUUUUAGAGGGCUAUGAAAUUCCAGCGAAGACAAUAGUGUAUGUGAAUGCUUGGACUAUCCAUAGAGACCCUAACUCUUGGAAAGACCCAGAUGAGUUUUUACCAGAGAGGUUCUUAGAUAAUACAACAGAUUUUCGAGGGCAAGAUUUUGAGUUCAUUCCAUUUGGUGCUGGACGUAGAAUUUGCCCUGGUAUGAUUAUGGCCAUUGCUUCGUUGGAUCUUAUUCUAGCAAAUCUUCUCAGGUCAUUUGAUUGGGAAUUACCAGUUGGAAUGAAAAAGGAAGAUAUUGAUACUGAAGUGUUGCCAGGAAUUACUCAACACAAGAAGAAUCCUCUAUGUGUUUUGGCUAAGGUUCGAAUCUAGAACUUUGAUUAAUAAAAAAGCGUGUAAUAUUUUGUUUUGCUGUUGUUUGGUGUCUUUAGCUGCAUCUGGAGAUAAUAUUGUACUCAAUAAUGAUGCCAAUUCCUUAUUCCAGAAUAUUUCUUUUGUUGUAUAAUUAAUUUAGAUAUUAUCUUGGUUGGACAAUGA